AAGUUGUAAGUGAUAGUUGAUUUGGUUAUAACCUCAAAUGUUGCAAUUUCCGGGUGUCUAACCUGCAAUUAAACGAAAUAUAUGUGUUUAUUGCAUAUUUUUCAUUUUCGUUUUGUACUAUUACACAUGUAAUUUCGUAAUAUUGCACAUUUAUGACAUAACCUCCCUCCUACGUACAAAUUAUACAUAGAUAAGUGCUAUAUUAAUAAUACGUGUGAUCCCUUUUAAAUGGUGCGAUAAUACCGUAAAACUGAUAAAAAUAAACAAAAGGACGUCACAUUCCGUUAUAUUGUUCGUUAUAGUUGGUAUAUAUACCGCACUUUGUACUGACAUUGUUAUUAUUUAAUAACAAGUCAUGAAGUUGUCAGUCAGUUUUGCUUUUUUGUGUUUUUACACUGUUAUGGUGUGGGUAAAUGCUGCAGACAGAAUUGUCAGAGUGAGGCUGGAGAGUUGUCCAGGCUGCAAGCUCAACAGACUAUCAGAAGUGAAAGCAUUCGUGUAUGAAGAUUUCCCCAACUAUGAGAACGCGGAAUUCAAGAAAAUCCACGGAGCUUCGCCAGUUCUCCUAUUCCUAAACGAAGCCGACGAAAUCGUCGAAAAACACUCCCUGGAACAUUUGAGCCGCAAAAAAUGCAACGAACUCCUAACAGAGAGAGGCUUCACCACAAGAAAGAACAAAGAAUUGUAACAAAACCUGUAUCCAAACCAAUAAAAACCAUACUAAAAAGUUA